CUGUUUACCUGCUCGGAGGGUUUUAAAGGGGCUCUAUGUUCUUUUAUGAGGGAGAGGGUGGGGAGAGCAGAAAAGCUGCCUGCUGUCACUGCACCUCCUUCUCAGACAGGCCAAACAGGCAAAAGUGAUCAAAACAGCUGAGCAGGACCUUCCUGAAAAGCACUAAGAACACCUUUCUUAUCACUAAGAAUAUUUUGCAUGCUGGGAUGGCUUGCAGACUUUGGUUUGUUCUCUCCGUGGGACUUUUGCUGGCAGCCUGUGAAGCUGGGAGGCAGAUGCCGAAACUCUCCAACAAGAAACUCUGUGCCGACUCCGAAUGCAGCCAUCCUAUCUUAGUAGCUCGUGCCCUCCAGGACUACUACCCCGGAGACUGCAGGUUCAUUCCCAUCCGACAAGGGCAGCUUGUCUAUGUUUAUGCUAUGCUGAAAGACAAAGGGAACCUAUUCUGGGCCGGUAGUGUACAAGACUCCUACUACGGAGAGAAAGAGGCUCGUGUUGGCCACUUCCCCAGCAGCGUGGUGGAGGAGACGCACGCUCUGAUGCCAGCCAACACUGAGGUUCAAACAACUAAAUGGGAUUUCUACUGCAACUAAAGACGUCUUCACUGGAAAGAAGAGAGAACUUUCUCCUUAACUCUUACAGAGAAACAUUUUACAAUCAUGUGAUCUUAACAUCUAAUGAUGCAUAUAACAAACACACAAUCAUUUAACUAUUGUAUUUCUUACAUCUACACUUGAAUCAAAAUAAUUCAGAAAACCUAAUACAUUAAAUCUAUUUUUCAGUUUUGUAUAAGUACUUUGAUCACUCCAUAAAAUCCAGACAUUGUGCUUUAUUAUUGACAACGAUGUGCUGAGUGGUCCAAUAUGAAUGUUUGCAUCUAUUAUUCCGUAUUUGAGGUAGAUUGCACAACAAUAAAUGAUUAUAGAAUGUAAACAAGCUUCAUUUAUUUUGUAGUGCCCUGAAUGAUAAUUAAAAAAAGUU